UCUUGGGCCUAUGGUGGCAGUUCUGGUCCUUCAGGCUGAGCUACAGCUAAAGCAUUUCAGAUCUCAGGCGGAGAUAUCGAAUGUCUACAGCAGAGCAGUCAAAUGUAGCCUAAGGUCUGAAAGGGAAAGCCCACUGGAAGUUUCGUGCGCUAAGCAGACAGAAAUCCUUCCGUAAUGGACUGACAAAAUGCUCACCAAACGUUACCACUAGCGAAUAAGAUUUGAACUGCACCGAGAAAACCGUCGGAGAGCGUUUAGACAUUGAACCUGCUUUUCUCGAUGUUGUCUGUCCACCUUUCCUAGUGGCAAUAGUGGGAUUUGCUAGCGUCAGCAUGUGGAAUCACACCUGCUUUUGCGCUCAUGUUGUGGCGGCGUGGAAUCAGAAAUCCGUUAGGCUAGUGUGAAGAUUCAGCCCCUCCCUCGCUCAGAAAACAGCUUUCUUUCCAUCAUGGCUCCUUCGAUGGACAGGCAAGGAUUCUGGGGGAAGCCAACAUCUACACUUGAUUGGUGUGAAGAGAACUAUGUCGUGUCAUUCUACAUCGCCGAAUUCUGGAACACAGUCAGUAAUCUGAUUAUGAUCCUACCUCCCAUCUAUGGAGCCUUGCAGACGCUCAGGAAUGGCCUAGAGGUCCGCUAUGUCUACUCUUUCCUGGGCCUCGCUGCGGUUGGCAUCGGUUCCUGGUGCUUCCAUAUGACGCUGAAGUAUGAGAUGCAGUUGCUGGAUGAGUUGCCAAUGAUCUACAGCUGUUGUGUCUUUGUGUAUUGUAUAUAUGAAUGCUUCAAGCAAGAGAAUGCCAUCAACUAUCUCCCAAUAAGCCUUUUGCUGCUGUUCAGCAUCUCAGUAAGUUUGGUUUACUUGCAAUGGAAAGAGCCUAUUUUUCAUCAGGUCAUGUAUGGGGCUCUAGUCGCUUGCCUUGUUCUACGCUGUGUGUUCAUAGUGACAUGGGUUUAUCCGUGGCUGAGGCCGCUAUGCUACGUGUCUCUGGGUUUCUUUCUGCUGGGAUUCCUGCUCUGGAACAUUGAUAACCUCCUCUGUGGCUCGCUGAGGGCCUCUCGCCAAACACUGCCCCCUGGUGUUGGAGUGGUGACACAGUUCCAUGCCUGGUGGCACAUUCUUACAGGCCUCGGCUCCUACCUCCACAUUCUCCUCAGCCUCCAGAUCAGAUCAACCUACCUCAAGCACAGACCAGAGAUUAAGUUUGUGUGUGGUGUUUGGCCGACGCUGCACAUCGGGUCAGCGAAGACAGGGUGAAGAAGAGCGAAGGCCUCCCGCCACUAGCCUCAGAGAGAGGGUCCGCUCCGCUCCGCGCGUCUGGACACGACGACGGCCCUCCCAGACGCCAGCUUGAGGUUUUCUGCCCCAGGCCAGCGCUGUUCCUUCUUCAUUUGGCCGCGUAGCGUUGAGAAGAGAACAUUAUUAUAACACAGGACUGUUCAACUCUCAUCCUUUUUAAACAUUUGAGCUAAUUACUCAACAAUUAGUUGUUACCAUUUUUAGGUGAUUUUGAGGUGACACAACCAGUUUUGAUUUUGUAUUUAUUUAAAUGCAUUGAUCUAUGGGUUCAUGAAAACGCUGAAAAAGACUGCGAGAUCUUUACCUCAGAUAGUAUUCUACACAGGGAUAGAUUUUAUUCUGUGUGCUGCAAGAUAGUUUGUUCAUAAAGAAAGUCAUAAUCCAUUUGCCAUUAACAUAUUUAAGUAUCUUAAUAUUCAUGGUAGAUCACUAUCAAAAGUCAUUACCUUAACUGGAAAAGUCCUUCAUACAGAAUUAGGGGUGUAGGACAAAUCAAUACAGUGUAGUAUUGUGAUAUUUUUGACACGAUACCGUCGUGAUACAGUGCCACUAAGUAUCUCAGUAUUUUUAUUUAAUUUAUAUUGUGAUUUUGAUUUUAUCUGGAUAUAUAUGUCUACUCUGAUAACAUUGUGUCUUAAGUACUUAAAAUACAUACAGUAGACCUGGUUCUUCUCUUGAGUCAUCACAGUAAUGGGAAAGGAAGUCAAAGCAAAGAACAAGAACAAGAGUUCCCACUAAAGAGCAAGAUGGCUCCAGAGUUCUUACUAAAGAACAAGAUGGCUAUACUUGCUGUAUUCUAUAAAGAUGGCAGUAAUAUGGUGUUGUGACCUAAAUAUCAUGAUGUUAUCAUAUUGUUCUUUGCUAAUUCUCACCCCUUGUACAUAACCGUUCAGAGUGAAGUUGCAAGUGAGGAUUUUCCAAACAGAUUGAAGCACAAGAAGUUAUAUAGGCUGGAUUUAAGAGUUGUUGUUUUAGGGUUUCUGUCAUUUGCAGUUUCAUUUCCUCAUUUUUCUUUACUAAAUAAAAACAAGAAGUUAGUGCAGCCUUAUUUAUUACGACUGUACUGAUAGACACCAACAGCACACAGUCUGCUGAUAGGAAGAUUAUUUCCCAUGAGCCGAGUCAUAUUUUGAACAUAUUUUGAGCUUUUCACCUCUUUCACCAUAGUCUCGUCUGUGGCUUUCGCUGCAUGGCUUGUGAUCUCAUGAAGGAAGUUAUUUACACAGAACACUCACUUUUCACUUUGUUUGUUUGCUCACUCAUUUUCCUUUUGUUUUCUAAACUGUGGGGAACAUUUCUGCAUCUGGGGUAAAUUGUUGGAAUGGACUAUUUCACUAAGCAGCUCUAAGGACUCAAUGUAUUGUACUACAAAACUACCUGAACCAUAUUUGGAAUCGUCCCAAAUGAAUGCUGGUGACCCAUGCUAAUCCAUAUUUGGCUAAUUUUGUAACUAUCGGUUAACAUGGAAAUCUAUAAAUAUGGACCAUGUGUUGGAAAUGCUUUACAUUAAGGUUAAUAGACAUCAGUAAGUGCAUGGGUUAACAUCAAUGAACCAUCAUUCUCAGUGUUGUUAAAUCACGUAAUGCAGUCCUGGAUCCCUUGGUUUAGAGCCUGUUACCAAAUCAUUUCAAAUCCAGUUUGCUAGAUGAUUUUUUGCAUCAGUUAAGCAUGAAUAAGCCAUGAACUUCAGCUUUCAGAAACAUUCGCCAAUUACAAUACUUCAUCUUAUUUUCUAGUGUCAUUAAUUCUUCAUCUUAACGUAAAGCAUUGCCCAUGUGUUACCUGUGUACUGUAGACCACUUGCACUGCCAUAACCAUGUGUUACCUGUGUACUGUAGACCACUUGCACUGCCAUAACCAUGUUUUUAUCCCAGUGAAGCUGGUUAGUAAUCAUUAAAUGUCAAGUUACAAUAUUAGGUAUGGUUGCUUCAUAUCACUCCUAAAACUGAUGUCAUAUAAGCACAAAUGUUUAAUUGCAUAUAAAAAGUCCAAAUUAGCCAAGUUACUGGACAUGAUUAGAAGUGUCUCUACGUCCUGUGUGAUGCUGCUUCUGCCGAUGGUGGAGCGUUGUGUUGUCGUAAAUGUUUAGGGUGCCUUAUUUCCCAGAGUGCAGUAGGCUCGGAAACAGGUUUUCCCCCCCUGAUCAAUGGACCCAGAUCCAGGCCUGACCUGCCUCAUGGGUUCGUUGCCGUCUGGGUUUCCACCCUGGGGGCACCUCCAUGUUGCCUUGCUCCAGAGGGACGUUCAAAUGACCAUGCAGACUUUUGUGUUCAGCCCACUCACUGGAGUUGGACACAGAACCCAGCCGUUUGCCCCUAUGUGAAGAUCCUAUGGGAGAAAGCUAUGCUGUAAGUGCAGAAUGGGGAAAUCCUAUGGGAGGGAGUUCUAAUCUAUGUGCAGUAUGUGAAGAUCCUAUGGGAGGGAGUUCUAAUCUAUGUGCAGUAUGUGAAGAUCCUAUGGGAGGGAGUUCUAAUCUAUGUGCAGUAUGGGGAGAUCCUAUGGGAGGGAGCUACUGUGCAGUAAGGGGCCUAUGGGAGAUGGUAUGGGGACCAGCCCACUGAUUCCUCCUGUUGCCAUGUUCCUGCCAAGGCCUACCUGUGUGUCCUAUUACCAUGUGAUUUGUGAAGUUUGUGAGAAAAAAAAGAGUAUAAUUUAAAACAUUUUGUGCAGUUGCAGUUUAUGCUAUUAAAGGAUUUGAAAACUA